ACGCUCCUUCUUCCGCGGCUGCGGGUCCCCGGCCAGGCUCGGCACCCAGGCUUGGCGUGGAAGGGUCGCGGCUGCGCACACGCGGCGCCUGCGGCCGGGCCUCACCUGGCUGGCUUCUCCUGGGGGACACGAGCCUCCCUCUUAACAGAGCCCGCCUUUUCUUGCCGCGGUUUUUCCACGCAAAGCGUUCCACGCAAAAAGCAGCGUCUCUGCUUUUCUCUAAGCUUAGAAUUAACGCUGCUCAAGGGAAGCUGUAGCUGGGCGGUGGCGGUGCACAUGUUUUAUCCCAGCACUCGGCGAGCAAAAGAAAAACGCUUCCGUCGCUAGUAACUUAGCCCCAUGACUAGGGCAGACGUGGGCCCUCCUGGUCAGGGUUUUAACUUAAAAUUGCCCUGUUCAGCUUUGUGUUACCCUUCCCCUUCUGGUAGUCAGAUUUCUGCGUUUUGUCUUUUUGGCAAGUGCAGCCAUGUUGGCUUUAGCUUUUGCCGUCUGUCAGGAAUCGGCUGCUUCUCCGAGCUGGAGGUCAGGCAAAGAUACACAGUGAGGCUUUUUGAGAAUUCUUUACCGUGACUAACCAACGUGGAUACCCCGGGAGGUCACUCUCCCCGGGCUCUGUCCUGGUGGCGUAGGGGAGCAUAGGGCUCUGCCCCGUGAUGUACAGUCCCUUUCCACACCGUUGGAGAUGAAGCCGGGCUUCGAGUCUGCGCCUGCAUAUUCCUACAACUCCUCAGAGUCCUGUGGACCGUGACUGAGGAGACAAACCAUGCAGGAAACAGUCUCAAACCGUGACAUCUGGGAGUGAGUCUGCAUGUCGGGGAAAUUUCUUUAUAUAAUUUUACUUACUGAAGAAUGUUAUUCCUUGCAGAACUGAUCAGUCAUUACAAGUAACUCAUCCUUUUGAGGAAAGAAGAGGAUCUGCACAGCUACCUGCUGAAGGAUAACUUUGGGGACUUGCACCUUUAUGCAGUUUGGCAAAGUUGUCUGUAUUAGGAGCUCAACCCAGAACUUUGUCAAGCUAGGCAAGCACUUGUUCAUAGCGGUUCUGAGUCUGGAGAGGAAAAUGCCACCCAAGCGCAUAGCUAAGAGAAGGUCACCCCCAGAAGAUGCCAUCCCCAAAAGCAAGAAAGUGAAAGACCCUCGUAACCGCGGUCCUGCCGCCCGCUCCUGCCAAGUCUCACACAGGUCUCAUAAAACAGAACCGGGCUUGGUGCUGACACUGGGCCAGGGCGACGUGGGCCAGCUGGGGCUGGGUGAGAGUGUGCUGGAGAGGAAGAAGCCGGCCUUGGUAACCGUUCUGCAAGAUGUUGUGCAGGCUGAGGCCGGGGGCAUGCAUACCGUGUGUCUGAGCCAAAGUGGCCAGGUCUACUCCUUCGGCUGCAAUGAUGAGGGUGCCUUGGGAAGGGACACAUCAGCCGAGGGCUCAGAGAUGGUCCCUGGGAAAGUGGAACUGCAAGAGAAGGUGGUCCAAGUGUCAGCAGGAGACAGUCACACAGCAGCCCUUACCGAAGAUGGCCGGGUCUUCCUCUGGGGCUCUUUCCGGGACAAUAAUGGUGUGAUUGGGUUGUUGGAGCCCAUGAAGAAGAGCAUGGUUCCUGUUCAAGUGCAGCUGGACAUGCCUGUGGUAAAGGUGGCCUCAGGGAAUGACCAUUUGGUGAUGCUGACGACUGAAGGAGACCUCUAUACCUUGGGGUGUGGGGACCAGGGUCAGCUGGGCCGUGUGCCUGAGUUAUUUGCCAACCGAGGUGGCCGUCAGGGCCUUGAGCGACUCCUGGUUCCCAGGUGUGUGCUGCUAAAAGCCAGGGGAUGUCGGGGCCGUGUGCGGUUCCAGGAUGCCUUCUGUGGUGCCUAUUUCACUUUUGCCAUCUCCCGUGAGGGCCAUGUGUAUGGCUUUGGCCUCUCCAACUAUCACCAGCUUGGAACUCCGGGCACUGCAUCUUGCUUCAUUCCUCAGAACUUGACAUCCUUCAAGAAUUCCACUAAGUCCUGGGUGGGCUUCUCUGGUGGCCAGCACCAUACAAUCUGCAUGGAUUCAGAAGGAAAAGCAUACAGCCUGGGCAGGGCUGAAUAUGGGCGGCUAGGCCUUGGGGAGGGUGCCGAGGAGAAGAGCAUACCCACCCUCAUUUCCCGGCUGCCCAUCGUCUCCUCAGUGGCCUGUGGGGCUUCUGUGGGAUAUGCUGUGUCCAAGGAUGGUCGUGUUUUUGCCUGGGGCAUGGGCACCAACUACCAGCUGGGCACAGGGCAGGAAGAAGAUGCCUGGAGCCCUGUGGAAAUGACUGGCAAACAGCUGGAGAACCGAGUGGUCUUAACUGUGUCCAGUGGGGGCCAGCACACAGUCUUACUAGUUAAGGACAAAGAACAGAGCUGAUGACGUCUUUGUGGGCCUGGCUUCUGGCCCCCAACCCCACUUCACAACAGGAAAACGACCAGCUACAAAUUCCAGAAGGCCCUUCCCCAGCCCUGAACAUCUAUCAUCUCCUGUCUUACCCAUCACCACCGCAGAAUCCUUUCCUUCUGUUGCGUCCUCUUUUCUAGAAUCAUCCUGGGAAGUACAGGAUGAGGGAGGAUGGGAAGGGGAUCUCAGAAGGAGCUUUGCUUACCCUAGACUCACGUCUUUAGACUGUUCCCUUUACUACCUUACUUCCUGUGGUCCCAGCAGGCCCUGGCUCAUUGCCUACAAAACCCAAAGCUACUGCUUUGGGGUUUUGGUGCCCAUACUCUGAAAAGUUGGGAACUCCAUCAAGCCCCCCUUCCCAUGUGCCACUUUUUCUGUUCCUAACAUCAGUUUAAAAGGAGACAGAUGGUACAGUCAUCAGAUCCAGUUGUCAUGGACCCAUGCCUAGGGAGAUCUGGACAAAGGCUUCACAAGGCUGGGGUGAUCCUAAGCCAAAUAUUUGGCUCUAAACAGGAGUCCAUGGGCAAAAAACAGUGGCCCACUUGAAAAAAAAAUCCCAACUAGCUGUUCUCCCAAAAGCACAAAGCACCCCACUGUCUCUUGGGCAUCACCUGUGCAUUCCCCAUCCAGUCGCCUUCCUGCCAAAAAGGACUGAAAAGCCAUGCUGGGCUCUGCUGGGCAGUCAAGGCAGGCGGGGUACUGUGGAAGCGUGGAGGGAAAGGCUUGGAGGGACAGGCUGGUCCUAAGAAAAGGAAGUAACAGUGGUUGAGAAAGUAGUUUUGAUUUUUUUUUUUUUUAAUUAUAAAGUAUUUUGGAGGGGAGAGUAAAAUCUUUUAACACUUUGAAUAAAUUUAGAGUUUUAUAAAAAUGGUUUCCUGGAGUUGUCUUUAAAGGGGCACCUGCCAUGUGCCAGGCAUUACGAAAAGGGCAGGGUAAACAUGUCUGGGAACCUGUUAUCAAGGCUGUGGCCAACACAGCUGUUCCAGAGUCUGGAAAAGACACCAGGUGUUUGGUUAGUUACGCAAUAGGAACCACUGCUUUUGCUUCAUGGUCAUGAUGCAUAAGAGAGAUGAGAUAGAUUUUUUUUCUUUUAAUGGGCUCUCAGUUUAGCCCAGACUGACGAGAACCUCCUGCCUCAGCUUCCUGAGUGCUGAGAUUACAGGCCGGGCUUUAGUAUGUUAGUUUUAAGUCCCAAACCAAGGUUUUUUGUUUUGUUCUAGUUUUGGCAAUAUCUUACUAUGUGUCCCCGGCUGGAACUUCCUGUGUAAAACAGGCUAGCCUUGAACUCACAAAAAAGAUCUGUCUGCCUCUGCUUCCAAAGUUUUUGGAUUAAAGUCAUCUAACCACCA